CCCAGCGUCCCCGAUCGCCCCAAUAACUAUUACUGCUACUGCCUGCUAAUAAUCUUCCAGCUUCAUCUCCAUCGCCCCUCGCUCUAUAUUUGUCCCAACCGUGGCUUAGAUAUUCCGUUCCUCCAUAAUACUACUUCUAUUCUCCCUUAACCCCUAUCGCUUCCCUCCCGCGCACCCUGAUUAUGGCUUCUAGAGCGGCAGCAGGAGCCCGCCCGGGCGCCAGAUUCGCCCAGUUCAAGCUAGUCUUGCUUGGAGAAUCCGCUGUCGGAAAGAGUUCGCUCGUUCUGAGAUUCGUCAAAGAUCAAUUUGAUGACUACCGAGAGUCGACGAUUGGCGCCGCCUUCCUGACACAGACCAUCUCGCUGGAUGAAAACACGACAGUGAAGUUCGAAAUCUGGGAUACCGCCGGCCAAGAGAGAUACAAGUCUUUGGCUCCCAUGUACUAUAGAAACGCCAACUGCGCCGUUGUGGUUUAUGACAUCACCCAAGCUUCUUCAUUGGAUAAGGCCAAGUCGUGGGUGAAGGAAUUGCAGCGCCAGGCAAAUGAGAAUAUCGUGAUUGCCCUCGCGGGUAACAAGCUCGACCUCGUCAACGAAAGCCCGGACAAGCGAGCCAUCCCAACGGCUGAUGCCGAGGCGUAUGCGCGCGAAGCUGGGUUGCUCUUCUUCGAAACGUCGGCAAAGACCUCUUCGAACGUGCAAGAGCUCUUCACUGCCAUCGCAAAGAAGCUGCCACUAGACCAAGCCGGACCACGGAAUUUGCGAACCGCUCCCCGUCCCGGCGUUGAUUUGCGGCCGGAGGCGCCCGGCACUCAAGGCGCUGGAGCAUGCAAUUGUUAAUCGUAACGCAACACGACUAUCGCCUGAGAUGUUUCUCGACACAAGAAAGAAACGACAGGCGUCUUCUGGCCUGAUGCAGAAUGGUGAUAUCAGGGUACAUUGUGACGCUAUGCUAUCUCUCUGAACCAGAAUGUCUUUUUUUUUUUUUUUU